AUGGGCAACUUACAGUCUGAAAAUACCCUCGUCCCACAGAUAUCACCAGAGACCGCCAGCAACGGCAUCCCCCAAAGGCUUUCCAUGACAUUUGAAAAGCGACUUACCUUGCAAACACACCUCCUUCUUAGUGACUCAAACUCAGGGUUCACAUUUGCGGCUCACGCGCCUCACAGCGGUUAUCACCACGACAUCAUUUUUUAUGAGGGCCCAGACGCAUCCAGCCCGAUUCUUGCAACAGCCAAGAGUGUUGGCAAGUGGAAGAAAGACUAUCGCAUAUGUCUCCCCUCGUUUCCCGGAGAGACUCUUGAUACCCGAGAAGAAUUGCUGCGGUGUUGUACCGCCAACAGUAAACGAGAGACAUAUUGGUUUGGCAUGCAAGUUGGAGAGGGCCAACCUGUUGAGAGGUUCGAGUGGCGUCAGACUCGCGGCAGCGAAGUUACGAGCAUGGGUGCAAAUUCUGGCUGGAAAUUGGUGAGGUUGGCUGUUGGAUCACCAGACCUUGCCAAAGACAACAGCAUCCAAGGUUCCACCAGCGAUGGCGAGAUUGUGGCUAUCUGGGCUCGAGACGACUCUUGGAGUCCAUAUAAGAUUGGAGAAAUAUGUUUUAUGGAGAGUAAAGUGACGGGAGAAUUCCGCAGGUUGUGGGAGUUGAUGGUUGUGGUGAGCUUUGGUACUCUAAUAACAGCAUCAUCACGUUCCUUGUAUACAUGUUAUUGGUUGACGGAGGUUACGGGCUGGUCAAAUACCGAUACACAAGCGAUAGCACAGGAGCAAAAGGUAGCAUGCGUUAUGUACAGAACCACCCAAGCCAGCCAAAUGCCAAUUCUCGCCUUUGAGCUCGGAGUCACAUCCAACACCCUCAACCCGGAAGCGCAAUCCGACCAACCGUCGCCUAUCAUAGUGGCAAUCGACUUCGAGCAGACCAACAACUUGAAGAAUGGCUUUCUUGAAAGUCAGGACUCCCAGCUUGGUAUCGCCACAUUCGACACCAAAAUGUUGACUCAGCCUCGCGAAGACGGGCAAGACCUGAUCACGACUGAAAACUACAUCACGGGGUCAGAGUCUUAUAUCGAGAAAGCCUCCAACAGGUUUGUCUUUGGGGAGUCGACGACAAUACGACCAGCCGAACUUGUGCAUCGAAUUGACAGAACACUACCUAAAGAUCGACCCGUCAUCCUUGUUGGCCAUGCAGUCGAAAAUGAACUUGAUGUAUGUCAUGCUCUCGGAUAUGCUCUUGCGCAUCCCAACAUUGACGUUAUCGAUACCCUCCUAGUUGCAAACGAGGUGUUUCAGCCUUGGCGGUGCUCACUUGGUGCCUUGCUGCAUCGACUUCGAUGCCCAGUUGCUCGACUCCACAGCGCUGGGAAUGAUGCCAAUUUUACACUAAGGGCUGCAUUAAUUCUGGCGGUGUACACAUACCCUGAUCAAGAUCAUCCCGUUGUGGGCAGGUUGAGACAGAUAGCAUUGUCUCAUUCAACUAACUCGCCGGGUGAGUUGUUUGGUCCUGCCAAAAAGACGUCAAGGAAAAAGCUGAAAGAAAAAGCCAAAAAGUGCCAAUCAAAGCCAUUGAGCCUUGCGAAGCAAAACAAGAUUAGGGAACGACGAGCGGCUUGGAGGAUCGAGGCCGAAAAGUUGCGAUUAUACUAA